AUGAGACUCCAAGAGAGUCAUACCGCGGUCGUGAUGAGAGGCCGUGGAAGAUGGCAAGGAAGUAACCGUGGGUUUCAGCCACGAGACCGUGGGUUUCAGCCACGAGGCCGUGGGUUUCAGCCACGAGGACGUGGAUUCCAACCACGAGACCAUCUUGGUCCUAGCCGAGGCCGAGGCUAUAGCCGAGGUCAUCAAGCUAGCCGUGGGUAUAAGUCCAACUUCAAAACCCAUGGCUCGACCAAAGCUCCUUGCUAUCGUUGUGGGAUGACCAAUCAUUGGGCUAACCGAUGCAACACUCCCCACCAUCUUGUUAAGCUCUACCAGGAGAGCAUGAAGGGAAAGAACCCUGUGGCAAAUUGGGUCCAUCAUGAUGAUGAGAAUGAUUUAGACCAUGAGAAUGAUCAAGCCAACCAUGAGAAUGAUCAAGCCGAGUAUGAGACUUCGGAUCUCCUUAAAAGUGGCUGA